UUCAUUUGAAUUUUCCUAACAGGCCAGCACCGAUGCAGGCACCGCAGGAGCCCUGACUCCACAGCAUGUCCGAGCUCAUUCCUCUCCAGCCUCCCUGCAGCUGGGAGCCGUGUCUCCUGGGACGCUGACCCCCACUGGAGUGGUCUCUGGGCCAGCAGCUGCGCCCACUGCUCAACACCUUCGACAGUCUUCUUUUGAGAUACCUGAUGACGUGCCUCUGCCAGCCGGCUGGGAGAUGGCAAAGACGUCUUCUGGCCAGAGAUACUUCUUAAAUCACAUCGAUCAGACAACAACAUGGCAGGACCCCAGGAAGGCCAUGCUCUCCCAGAUGAAUGUUACAGCCCCCACCAGUCCACCAGUGCAGCAGAAUAUGAUGAAUUCGGCCUCAGGUCCUCUUCCUGAUGGAUGGGAACAAGCAAUGACUCAGGAUGGAGAAAUAUACUAUAUAAACCAUAAGAACAAGACCACCUCUUGGCUAGACCCCAGACUUGACCCUCGUUUUGGUAAAGCCAUGAACCAGAGAAUCAGUCAGAGUGCUCCAGUGAAACAGCCACCGCCCCUGGCCCCCCAGAGCCCCCAAGGGGGAGUCAUGGGUGGUGGCAGCUCCAACCAGCAGCAGCAGAUGCGGCUGCAACAGCUGCAGAUGGAGAAGGAGAGGCUGCGGCUCAAGCAGCAAGAACUGCUCCGGCAGGUGAGGCCGCAGGCAAUGCGGAAUAUCAAUCCCAGCACAGCAAAUUCUCCAAAAUGUCAGGAAUUAGCUCUCCGUAGCCAGUUGCCAACACUGGAGCAGGACGGUGGGACUCAAAAUCCAGUAUCUUCUCCUGGGAUGUCUCAGGAAUUGAGAACAAUGACGACCAAUAGCUCAGAUCCCUUUCUUAACAGUGGCACCUAUCACUCCCGAGACGAGAGCACAGACAGCGGACUCAGCAUGAGCAGCUACAGUGUCCCUCGAACCCCGGAUGACUUCUUGAACAGCGUUGAUGAGAUGGAUACAGGUGACACUAUCAACCAAAGCACCCUACCCUCACAGCAGAACCGGUUCCCAGACUAUCUUGAAGCCAUUCCUGGGACAAAUGUGGACCUUGGAACACUGGAGGGGGAUGGAAUGAACAUAGAAGGAGAGGAGUUGAUGCCAAGUCUGCAAGAAGCUUUGAGCUCUGACAUCCUUAAUGACAUGGAGUCUGUGUUGGCUGCCACCAAGCUAGAUAAAGAAAGCUUUCUUACGUGGUUAUAGAGCCCUCAGGUAGACUGAAUUCUGAAUCUGUGAAGGAUCUAAGGAGAUAAGACAUAUACCUGAAAUUCCCAGACAAGCCGGUUGCAGCCUCCUGGCUCACACAGAGAGAGAUGAACAAACGUCCAGCAAGACUUCUCACCCGCUGUUCUGCUCUUCCUUGUCCGUUGCUGCUGUUAAUAUAUUGCUGACCUCUUUCAUAGUUGGCUCUAAAGAAUCAAAAAAAAAACUUUUUUUGUUUCUUUUGCUAUUAUAACUACUGUUUGUUUUGGGGGCUGGGGAAGUGAGCCUGUUUGGAUGAUGGAUGCCAUUCCUUUUGCCCAGUUAGACAUUCACCGAUCAUUUAACUAAAUACUCAGACUUGGAAGUCAAAUGCUUCAUGUCACAGCAUUUAGUUUGUUCAAGCAAUUGUUUCUUCAGCUGCCUUUGGCCGGUGGAAAAACACGAUUUACUGGUCUGACAAAGCCAAAAAUGUUGUAUCUGAUGUUAAGUACUUGCGCUGAUUUGAAGAGAGAGCUGAAACCAAGGCUGGAGACUGUUUUGCUUUCAGUGGGCUUUUUCCCCUCCUAGUGCUACCGUCAGUCACCUAGUGACCUUGAUCUUAUUUUAGGAGCUUGUAAGGCUGAGACAACUUCCACAGAAAUAUAUUAAUUAUUGCCACAUACUCUAGGAUAGGUUUUGGUGGGUUUUAGUGUGGGUUUGUUUUUGUUUUUGUUUUUCCCUUUUCCAGAGCCUAGGCAGGCUGCCAUAGCAGUGAGCUUGUUCAUAGUCGGAGCUUGGGACAGUUGUAGUUCCUUCGGUAAAUCUGCAUUUCCUGGUUUUUUACCAUCUUAUUUAAAUCUUGAUAAUCUGCUCUCUCUAUAUAUACCCACACACACACUUAUAAUGUUUAUGAUAGUGUGAUAGCAGAAUGUAUUUUUAAGUUUUCCCUACUUCCCGAUUUAUUUUAAAAUGGUAGCUUUGAAUGUAUGCAUUUAGAACACACGGCUAGUGGUUGGUGUUUCACAGGUAGUUGAAAUCUGGUCGGGGCAGCCUGCAGGUGCUUUGUGGUAGUUAGCGUUCUAGAAAGAACUGUCAUUAUGGAGAGUGCAAGAGGAGUCCUGUGUGCCCCUCUGGGCGCACAGCGGAAAUUACCUGAUGGAUUUGAAAGAAGCAAACAAGAAAUGGCUUUAUCGUCCCCUGGCUAGUGCCUCGGACUGACUUUCAGUCUUGACGGGAAAUCACUGAGUUAGCUUCAUAACGGAUAUGACAGACGUAAGCUUUAUUUAGUGGUUUGCCUUCCUUUAGCUUUGAAAGUUUACCUUCGCCUUAGUUUUGGAAAUAAAUUCUAGUACUUUAGUUCUCAUUUGUAAUGAACACUUUAAAGACUACAUUGAAAUAUUUCCUACAAGAUUGUUCUUACUUAUAAGACUUGCUCCUACUUCUGUAUGCUGAGAAUUGACCCUGGAUAGGAAAUAGAAUACUGUAAGGUUAUGAGUUAGCUGGUAAGGUGAUCGGAUUAAUGUAUAUUGGUAGUUGAAUUUAGCAAAGAAAUAGAGAUAAUCGUGAUUAUACUUUUAUUUUUACUGGAAGAGAUAUAACUAGAGUAUGUGUCUACAGGAGUAAUAAUGGUUUCCAAAGAGUAUUUUUAAAGGAACAAAAUGAGCAUGAAUCAACUCUUCAGUAUAAGCUAUGAAGUAAUAUUUGGUUGUGAAUUAUAGUGGCACCAGCUAGCACCUCUGUGAUUAAGGGUCUUUCAAUGUUUCUAGAAUAAGCCCUUAUUUUCAAGGGUUUAUAACAGACAUAAAAUCUCUUUUCCUGUCUAAAACUGCUAUUAAAAGCCUCAGCUUGGGAAGAUAAAUGUUUGGGUUUUUUCCUUCUUCUUUCUAAACUACAAUAUCUUAAGUAUUUUGACCCUUAAAUUUAGAGGAGUACAAAAGUUGGAAGUAAGAAGUUUUAUAUUAAAUACUUUCAGUGCUCAAAAUGCAAUCACUAUUGUAUAUAAUGAUUCAUAGGUCGCUCAUUCGUAAUAAUUGACUCUUAAGACUAUUAAGAAAACAGCGGAAAGAUUAAAUCUUGAAUUAAGUCUGGGGGGAAAUGGCCACUGUAUAGAUGUAUUGAUUUUUUUUUUAAGAGCAGUAAUGAAAUUCUGCCUAGAAUGCAUAAAUGAGCUUGUGGAUGAUACAGCAUGUUGGUUUUUUAUGUGCAGAAGAUCAAAGCUACUUGGAAGGAGUGCCUACAAUUUGCCAUUAAGCCACAAAUUAAGAUCUUAUGUAUCAGCAGAGUAGCUUUAGAUUAGGGGAGGGGGUGGGGAUGUGGGAGGGGGUUGUGAAGACUUAGUGGGACCUUGCUAGAGAACUUUAUAAGCUUCUUUUUCUUCAAUAAAGACUUGUCUUGCAUCUUGCUGUCAUUAAAGGCAGUUGUUCCUAAAAUUUCAAUCACCUAAGUACACCCACAAAACAAAAAUGCAGAGUUCCUCAUUUCCCCUCAACUUCAGCGUGCCCAGUUGUACCUCGGUGUUGUAGCCGCGCCGUGGUGCCCGGCAGACACGGCGCUCUGGGCUCACGUGCCCUCCGUGCUGACCUGAAGGAGACCUUAAGAGUCCUUUCUCUUUCUGAGUUUGAAUCACAGCCUUGAUGUAGUCUUUCUUGUUUUAUGUCCUUGUUCCUAAUGUAAAGGUGUUUAACUGCUUCUUGGUUGUAUUGGGUGGCAUUGGGAUAAGAUUUUAACUGGGUAUUCUUGAAUUGCUUUUACAAUAAACCAAUUUUAUAAUCUUUAAAUUCAUCAGCUUUUUACAUUUGUGUUCUUUCCAGUUAGGGCUUCUUAGAUCUACUUAUGGUUGAUGGAACACAUUGAUUUGGAGUGUCAGGUUUUCCAGAGCACUAUUUGUUGCAAUAACGACUUUCUAAACAUAGUGCCUUUGAUAAAAAAGGAAAAAAAGAACGUAAGUGACUUUUAUACAAGCAGUGUUGCUGUUUUAAGUGUUCAUAGUAAACAGAUGCAUUCUAUAUGGAACCUUGGCAGAAACACUAAAAAGAAACUAAUUCACUGUGUAAUUCAUAAUUCUUACCAAUCAGUGUUGAAACUCAAAACAGUGCAAAAGUGGGAGACAGUAGCCAGUGAUUAACAGUUUCACAGCUUCUGCACAUCUGAGAAAUGAGUGCUCAGGUGAAUUGCAUCCUUCAUAAGCACGUUUUUAUAAGAAUUGUGGGUGUGCCUAUCUUAACAAUUGUCUUCUGUAUCUUGAAAAAGUAUUCUCCACAGUUUAAAUGUUUUAUAUUAGAGAAUUCUUUAAUGCACACUUGUCAAAUAUAUAUAGAGAGUACCAAUGUUACCUUUUUAUUUUUUGUUUUAGAUGUAAGAGCAUGCUUCUGUGUUAGGUACUUACAUAAAUUGUUACAUUAUUUGUUCUUAUGUAAUGCCUUUUCGUUUGUUUAUAUGGUUCAAAUAUAUUCUUUCUUUAAACUCUU